CACGAAUAAAUCUCUGUGUGUUGUGUGCAUGUGUGUACACAAAUAUAUAGACAACUUAUAGACACCGAGCCCUAUGGGGGCAUUUGUGAGUUUUGCUAUUUAAAGACACAAGUAGUUAUAGGGCUCUCAGCGAGCCCAACACCUCUGUAUCAAAGGGAUGCGGGGCGUUUUGCUAGCGGCCUGGUAUUUGGGAGAUAUAUGGCCCUUGCCCUGCCCUCCCUGGGGAGCUGAAGCAGUGGCCAGCUCCAGUUCCCCUAGUGCAGGCUGUGGUGCCUUCAGCGUGUUAGGGAGAGGGUUUGGGGGUACUUUUGUGUCUAGGGCUUUUGGAGGGCCAGGUAUUGUCUCUCCACCACGGUGCUCAUGGCUGCCUGGGAAAGAUGAGGGGCGAAACAGGCAUUGGGUACCAGGUCCUGAUGGGUGCUUGUCUGAGCAUCUUCUCGGGAAGCACUGGAGUAGCUGGUGCUCACAACUGCCAAGAAAAGGCAGUAAAAAGGAGAAGAAGGAGGAAAUAGAAACUAGGUGUCAGGAAUUGGGCACUAUUCCCCAAGAUACUGGGAUACUGUGGGAUACUGAGGGCAACUCCUGGGGAUGUGCUGACGGCUGCUUUGCUGGGGAUGCUGGAUGAAGCCCUGGCCAGGACCAGCAACUCAGAGGGCUUCCCACCCCCAGGGGUGACAAUGGGAAGGAUGCUGAGGCUGAGCUGGGCAGACAGAAGAAGAUCAGGCCCUGUAUGGCACCCAUGACACAGCAAGAGAAGGGGCACGGCAAAGCCAGGUGAUGUGGGAGUGGGCAUGUGUUUCAGUGCAGCUCAGGGCAGCACCAGCUUUUUGUGACCUGGGUGCUGAAAAACCUGAUAUUUCAGGCUCAAAAUGCCCAUGUUUGGUCUCUGGCCAAAGAUGUGUUUGUGGGUGGGGGAAAUUUGAGCAAAUUCCUGCUGUGAGCACAGCACGUGUGCGCGCGCGUGCGGGUGUGCGUAAAGGGGAAAUACAGUUUUCCUAUUUAAAAAAGCACCACUUAUUUUUAUACAGAACUCCAGAAGGACUGAAUGUGGAAACUUGGCCUGUCAGCAGCUGUCACAGGGGAGCAGGUCCCUGCCUGAGUUUGGGGGGAAACCACAGCUGGGUGUUAAUGGGACUGUUAAUGAAUUAAUGUUGGCUGCCGUGUGCUAGGGGGGAGUGCACAGCCCUUCCUGGUACACGUGCUGAAGCCUGGCUAUGGCUCACGCAUAGGAUGGCUGCACUUUUCCAGAAAGCUCCAGCUCUGAAGCCGCUUGCUCGGCCAGGUGGGGCUCUCCUUGUGCACCUUAGCUCCUCCGGUGCUCUAUAUUAUGGCACUUCCUGCAGCAGCGCAGCCUGUCUGCAGCCAGAUGUGGGGUUAAUUCUCUUACUGUCUCCCCCAGAGUGUGGAGGAGUGCUCACAUAGAUGUGCAUAGGGGUGCAGUGAAGCUUAAGCGCCAUAACCUGGUUAGACUAAAAAUGGGGAGCAAACAGACAGGACCUGGGAAAGAAAGAGCAAAUUCUUUUUCGUGGAGAUCUUCACUCUUCUCCAAGGACAUCUCCGCUCUUCACUGUGGACAUUUCCUUUCUUCUCCAUGGGCGUCUCCUGCUGCUUUUGACUUCAGGCUGUGUGGGUGACAUCUCAGCCACGGAGAAGCCCAUGGCAUCUCCUAAGGAUUCCACCUCUGGUACCAGUUAGCAAUUGAGAGCAUGAGUCAAGAGGAAGGGUGACCACGGCAUGGGAGUAAUUACGAUAUCAAGGAAGGGCUGGCCGUGGCGAGGAAGGAAAGACCACACCAAGGAAGAUGGUCAUGCUGAGGAAGUAAUGACCAUGCUAUAGUAGGGUUGACCAUGCCCAGUAAGGAACUGUAGGGUGGAAAGGAUGCUGCUAUGGAUAGAGACAAAGAGUGAGACUGAAUUAGUGGGCCUUGCUGGGAGGAAGGCUGGAGGAGCCCAAGCAUGGAUCUGGAUGGGCUCUGCCUGCCCCAUGCUUGGCCCCAGAAGAUCCCAAAGCCCAGCCUGGAGGGGCUCUGAGGCUCCUCUGUGCUUGGCCACAGCUCCCAGGGCCCGGCCUGGCUUUUGCGGGGCUCAGAGCCAUUCCCAAACCCAUCCCAGACAGACGGAUAUCCCAAAACCCACUGGCCACAGAGCCCAUCCCAGGGGCCCCUGCUCUUGGUCCUCCUAUGUGAAUGGGGUGGUGUGCGUGUGCCCAGACUGUCCUCUUCUGUGACUGUACAGUACACACGGCUAAAUAUACGUCUGUGCAGAUACAGGAAUCCAGAGGGACCGAGUGAUGCUCCCUUUCUAUACCUCUUUUCAUGGGGAGAGCUAAUGAGAUUCAUGUCAUUAAAGGGCUGAUGUUUUGUGGGAUGGGAGCCUUUUAAACGGGAUGUGUCCUGGCUUAGUCAUGGCAAAUAUUUACCAAAAAAAAAAAAAAAAAGAGGAAAAAAAAAAAAAAAGGGACAUACCAUAUAAAAUUAGAGUUCUGAAAAUAGUAUUUAGAGCAAGUGAGAGAGAGGAACCUAAACCAGAAAAUACAGCCCAGUCUGUUCAGGAGUCAGGGGAAAAAGAGAGAGAAGAAAAAAAAAAAGCCAGAGAUAAAACGAGAGAAACCUCGGCAGUAAAAACAGCAUCUUGGUAAAUAGACUAUUAAAAAAAUUCUGACCUGCUUUAUGGCUUUCUUGGCUGCCGUUCAGCUGCGCUGCCCUGCCGGCACGGAGAGAAGGUAGCGGGGCCGGCGUCUGUGUGGAUGCUCAGAGCCCCGGGACGCGGCUCCCCCCGCGAGCAGCCACGGGGCGUUAAAUUUAGCCACAUAAUGAUGGCCCUGACGAGGCAGCCUUUUGUAGCCACGCUGUAAUUACUGCCUGGCUUAUAAAUUUUAUUUUUCUUAUUAUGUUUCCUCCUCCUCCUCUGCUGGGGAAGGGGAAGGGGGGCUCCCAUACCCCUAUCCAACCCGCAGCUCUCUGGGGUGUGGGGGUACGGCUGCAAGGGAUGAGGGGACGGCUACUGAGCCCCGUGCUGCUCCCUGCAUGGGCAGGGGGCUCACCCCACCUUUGGGGUUGGGGAGAGCGGUGAGCUAAGCUGGCCCAGGCAGGGUCCCCAUGGCACAAAGCACGGUGUCCUGGUCUCUCUGGGACUGAGAGAGGUGGAAAGGGCCAAGGCUGGCUCUGUCCCCAUCAUCCUGUGGCCACAGCGCUGGGAUGGGGCAGGGGGACAGAGCUGGUGCAAACGGGGGACAGUUUCAGACCGGGCAAGAACGUGCCAGAAAAGGUCUUGUUCCCCUCUUGUUUUCCCAAAACAAAGGAAGCAGCCUUGCAUUGCUGGAAGUCGCGUGCUCAGGCUGCGCUGCCUUGUUAUCAUCCGAUAACCUGACGACCCAGGAGCUGCCCUGCUCCUCACCCGCCGGGAUCACACUACGGGAUGCGAACAGCUUCCGCAUUAGCUGCCCUUUGCAAGGAUCUGCUUUCCGCUCUCUGGGCCGGGGGACGAGGGGGGGCUGACUGUGUGACAGCUCCGGUCCUGAGCAGUGCAGGUGAGAGUGGAGGGCAGCAGCGGUGAAAGGGCAGAAAGGAUACAGGUGGCCUGGUGUGCACGGGUGUUGCCAUCCCAUAGCAGAUUUGGGGUUCUGCUCUGCCUUGCUUUGCCCUUUGUAUCUUCACUGUUGUCAGGGCAGUCGGUGCUGCGAGGAAAGGGCAGUCAGAGCUCUGUGGCCAUAUGGGGUUGCUGGGCAUGGUGGGCAGCAUGUGGGGUGGGGACCCUGGGAAAAUGGUGAUGCGUUUGAAGCUGGAAGUCUUGCCAAGUGCCGAAGAGCUGGGAGCAGAGCUGGCACUGCCUGCUCAUCUCUCCAUCUUCAGCCUAGCAGUGCAACAGUGCUGAGGCACCACGGGGACCCCAAUGGAACUGGUGACUGGAGUGACGUGUCCAUCACAGCAAGGAGCUGUCUGGGGAAGAGUGCCCUUGGUACAACAGAACAUGGGGGACAUGGGACUUGUCCCAUGAGCUGUGCCCAGAGGACCACCUCCUACCAGAGCAGCUACUUUCUUGUUCCUCACGCUAUAAGGGCUCUGUUCAGAGCCAGGAUGACCCUAGGCAACCUCCAUCCCUCACUCAAGCGCCCAUUUCAAGGCAGGUGAAACAAUACUAAAUCAACUCCUUUGAAGCCUCCCGGCCCACAGUCCCACGGACGUGCCACUCUCCCUUUCCCCCAUCAGCUGUGGGCAUGCUGGGGGCUUGGCGUCAGGCGCAGGGAUUCAGCACCAAGGUGGUCGCGGGAGCCCUUGGGGCUGCGGAAUGGCUUGGGAGCCCGGCUGGGGACUAGGAGACAAAGUGCCCUUUCAGCCCUGGAAAGAUGCAUGUGUGUGUGUGUGUGCAUGGAGGUGAAUGCCCUCAGCUCCAGGGAGAGCAGAGAGCUGGCUGUGUGCAGCCUGUGGAGCAGCCCUGCACGUGUGCCGCUCCCGUGUGUGCCUUUCCGUCCCGGUGGAUUUAUGUACGUCAUGCGUGCGCCUUACUCAUCAGGGUGUUUUUCUUUCCUUGUUCUUGGGUCUUCCCCCCUCCCACCCCCACGAUGCAUCUAUAAUUCUUAUAGUUUUUAUCCCUUUAUUUUAUUUUGGAAAUCACCAGUUUUGGAAGUCCUUAGGAAAAUAAACGGUAUUUUUAGAGCGUGUCUGCCAGGCUGCUGAUCCCGCCUGCCCUAUUCGUCGCUUAUUCACUAUUUGUUUAAACUUUCAUUCUCCCCACUGCUGCAUCCCGGUGAUGGGGUGCAGAGCAGUGGGCACACACGGGGCUGAGCAGCAUGGCAGAGUUGUAAAUGAGCAGAAGGCAGCUCCAAUCUGGCCUUUAUUGAGGUCCGGGCUUGGGUAGCGCUGGAGUAGCCUGCCCUGUAAUCAGCCAGCCACCAGAGAUGGUCGGCCUUGUAAUAAAGCAGCUCUAUAUUUAUUUGUUCUGUUUAUACCCUGCUCUGUAAUAAGUUGGGAGCCCUCCCCAACCCCUUUUUCUUUGGGUCUCCGAAAGGAUCUGCCAUCCCGCACUGUGCACGUUCCUGCAUCUGGAGCAGCCGUGCCACAUCUGGGCAGAGCUCAGCCACGCACCUCUCCCUCCAUGUGCCCACCACCAUCCUGUUGUCUGCAUCCCAGCCCUGUCCCCCUGCUCACCCCGUGCCUUUUCCAGAGGCCCACGCCCCGCCCCCCCUCCCCUUCCUUCCCCCCCUCACUCUUUCAGCCCUGGGUCUUUUUAAAAUCUGUUCAUUAAAGGCAGCUCAGUCGCCCUUCUGCCGGCGAGGCUGGAACACUGACAGCCUGUUUGCCCGCCUGUCUGUAAUUAAACUCAAUCUCGGGGUGAAUACAACAAUGUGACUGCACAGAAUAAUUCCUGGAGAUCCUGACGCCGAGGAGGAGUGUGGCCUGUGAGCAGCCCAUUCACGCCUGGAUUGCUAUAAAUACUUUACUAUGUGGCACUAAGAAAACUUCAAGCCCUACUCCCCCCCCCCCCCCCUUUUUUUUUUUUUAUUAGUACUACAUAAUAUAGGAAUUGUGCGACUUGAAGGUUCCUCCUGUGCCUGCCUGGGUUCACAGGCCUGGGUGUGACCUCACACUGCACUGGCUGAGCACAGGAGCCUGCUGCCGUGCCCAGGGACCUCUGCGUUGUCUCCAAGCUGUGCCAGGGGAUUGCAGGUGGCCCUGUGCACCCUCUGCUCCCUGGGAAGCAUCCCUGGUUUGGCCGGUGCAGUACCACAUCUGCACAUGCAAUGUGCAGGUGCAUUGCAGAUGUGCACACCCCAAGCUGCUGGAGAGGUAGGGGACAAGGGACAGGGCUGCAGACGGGCAUGCCACUUUGCUGCUGGCAGCAGGCAGCCAGAAUUCACGUGAGGCUAACGCUGCGUUUGCGCGGCCAAAUGUAAUGUUGGCUCAGCCUGGUGCUUUGGGGACAGCAGUGUGUGACAAGGACACGGCAGAUGGCGCCCUGUCACCAGCUGCAGAAGGCUGGUGGCCCUCGGCUCCCGGCUGCGUGCUGCUGCGGCUGUGCAGCUCUGCAGCAUUGCACUGCAGCUCUGCAUCCCAGCACCACUUCGCUGCAUCCCGGGCACUGUUGCUGCAAGCGUCGGCGCUGCGGUUCCGCAUCCUGGCUUUGCACCUCUGCUCUGCACCCCUGCAGCCUUGGCACUGCCCAUGCUGCCUCGGCGUGUCCUUAGCUUUGCAUUUCUGCAUCGCCCUGUUGCUGCCCUCACACAGGGAUGCUCCCUAGCAGCAGAGCUGUGCCUUGCAGAAGCACUUUGUCCCCUUAGUGAGAGCCAUGCAGCAGCUGCCACGCAGCAGAGAUGUGGGGUGGAGUGACCAGCGGGCUUUCCCCCAAUCUCUGAGCACAGCCCCAUGCUGAUGGCAGCCGAGACGCAGCCUGUGCCCUGCCAGGUUUGGGUUUGGAACUGGAACGUGCCUGGGGCUUGUUCCUGCCCUGGGCUUCCCUGCAGCACAAGGGCUCUGAGGGCAUACAGGUCCCUCUGUGCUGAGCUCUCUUGGGUGAUCAGAGUGGAUAAGCAGGGUUAAGCCCCAAAUUUGGGGGUUCUCAGCCCAUUUUUUGCUUUAGGAGGGCUACGAGGAUUUGAAGGGUUUCUGGAAGCUGUGAAGGGCUGGGUUUGGGGUCCAGCUGCAGGUCUCUGCUAGGGCAAGGGAAGAAGGAAGGGAGCCAAUUGGGUUCUGCCCAGUGCGGUGCAGGGAGCAAACAGCAGCCUGCCAUGGCUCAGCUGCUCUUGUGAUGUAUUGCUUAAUCCUUGGCAGGGAUUUGCCUAUUUAUUUAUGAUUUUGCUGCAAAGCACGUUGAUAUUUGGUGUUUUCAUAUAAACCUCAGCUCUUGAAGUCAUGGGAUUGUAGGAAAAGGCAAAUCUGCUGCAGAGGGUCAUAAGGUCUCACCUGGCUCAUGGCAGGUUCAUACAGUGGGAUACUGAUGGUGGUAAGGCUCUGCUCGCUGAAGUGGGUGUGAAGACCAGCAGGCAAGCAGAGAGACCCCAAGAGUUUCCUGUGAUGUAGGUACACUUCUGUAUCUCUGCAGGUUUGGGGUUGCACAUGUGCUUUGCAUUUGAUGCAAAUGCCCUCAGGGUAAAAAUAGAAGUUGCUUGCUCUGAAUGAUACCCUGCUGUAUUCUCAUACCCACACUUUCCCUUGCAGAUGGGGCGUAGGGGUUGCUGCAUUCCCAUGGCUGCUAUAUCAAACCCAGCAGGAUUUGCAGUGUGUGGAUUUAUGCACCCCACAGGGCUGUUAGAGCAUCUCUUCUUCCCGAUGGGGACUGGUGGUUAUCUUCCCACUGCCCCUGCAUCUCUCCUCUGUCCUCAGAUCCCUCACUUCAGGCUCCUGAUGGCUCUCAGAUAUUGAUAACACGGAGAGCUGCUGCUGUCUGGGGUAUUUAGGUGAUCCCAUUGCUGUGGAAUCAAAUACAUCCCGCAUUCCCCAUGCACAGGCCACAACUCUUGUGCUUUGGAGCUACAGUGCAAUGCACCCUGAGGUGAACAGCAUAGCGCAGAGCAGAGCUGCACAGAGGUAGUGAGGUGACUGGGUCUGGAGUUACUUCUGCUGUUAUCACCCUGAUUUUGCCAGGUGUAUGCUGGGCAUACACCAGGGCUGUAGGCAUUGACAUGCAUCUUCCCUCAGCAGAUGCCAGGACCUCCUGUUGCAUGCGACAAGGGGCUGGGGUGUCAGGGCAAAGGAUGCCAAGCCUGCUGCAGGGCUCUGUCUCCGUGCUGCCCCGUGGUGAGGUCUCCAUGCCCUGGUGGCAUCCCGUGGUGCCAAUGGCCGGAGCCGUGGUGCCCGUGCCCCAGCUCCAUGAAGUGCUGUCCCGUCUGUGCAACUCCUGGAGCUGCUGCAACUCCUGCCUCUUUCUGGUGCAUGUUUAUGGCUCGGAGGGAGCCGUCUUGCCCCAAUUCCCCAUGCACUCCUAAUUUCAUAUGUCCAUAUAUAUCCAUGCAGCAUUUGAUACAGGUUUUAUGGGCAUUUCCAUACAUUUUACAGACACAGCCAUUACAGAGACAGGUUUCACCUGAGAAACCUCUGGGGACCAGAGCACUGAAUCGCCUUAGUCUUGGCCUCAGAACAAGGCUCUCUUCUCUCUCUUGCCAGAGCUGCCGCUAUCAGCUCUGCAGAGGGCUUGGGGAUGGUGAGGGGCUGCCAAAGUCCUGCCCUGAGAGCUGUGACAUGGCCCCUCCUUCCACCCUGCUUCUUGCUUCUGCAGGGCUCUGUCCUGUGCUGUGCAGUUGGGGCCUGCCUUCCCUUGUCACGCUCUGCUCAGCCCCCCAUGCAAGGGUAAGCACGAACAGUAUCUGGCCCUGCUUUGGGCUCCUGAUCCCGCCAUCUUCACACCAUGUUGAUGAUGCACCAAGUAAUUUUCCACUGUUUAUCAGUGGUCCCAUUUGCAAGGGAAAUGCCUGCUCCCACUUGGGGCUGCCUCUAUUUGAUGCUGUGGGGACUGGUCCUCAUUGCCCCGCCAUCCCCAGCAUGGCCUCAGCUAUUCAUAGCGUCUCCCCUCGCCCCUUUCAAAGGCUGCUGAAAGCCUGGGGUCCACCCCACUCUGUUUUCCUGAGCAGGUCCCGAAAGCAGGAACCAUUUGUGGCUUCUCUGGCCAGCGUGUCUCUGCUUGGGCUCCUUGCGGGUGUUAUUUUCUGUGCUGUUUACUGUUCUUCUGUGGGCUGUCAGGUUUCCGCACUGGGGAAAGGCUUGCAAAUGGGGGGGGGAAGGGAGGAAGGGGCAGCAGGUCCACACGGAGGGGCUAUGGGCAGAGAGGGGAUGGAGGAGCACAGACAUGGCCUUUAUCGCAGCCUGGGGGAUGUGUGGCUCAUAAAUCCGACUCAGGCAGAUAGGGGAUAAAUCAUCCCUGCUUGGGCAUUGGUGGUUACCCAUGGUUAGAAAUUAACUUUGUGUUGGAUGGGUCCCAGGCUGUGGGAUGGGAAGGGGAGGCUGCUCCGGGCAGUGUGCCUCCCGCCCAGCCCUGGGGCCAGGCUGCAGCCGGAGAGUGGGUGCCCAGUGCCUGCCCCGGCCGGCAGGGCCGCUGGGUGCAAUUAAGCUGUGAGCCGAUGAAGCAAGCGGAUGCUGUGGCCGAAUCUGCGAUGCGGGCGAUGCCCUGGCACCUGCGGCAAGCUGGCCGCGCUCUGGUGUCUGGCUGUGGCUGCUGCACCAAGCUUGGGGAAUGGGAAAGCACUGUGUGGGAGAGAUGGGGACUUGAGGGGCAAGGUGUGGAGGGACGCGCUUGCCGUGAGGUUUCUCUCCCCGUGUAGCUGCCAGCCAGGGCUGGGCAAAGCUGUGGCUUUGCAGACCAUGUGCGAUCUCUGGUCCUUGUGUUUCUGCAGGUGGGAGGACACCGCAAAGACUACAGCCCCAGUUCCCCAUCUUCUCCCUCUUCUCUGUCCCCAGCUCCCCCUUGAGCAUCCCCAAACCUGCCCCAUUCAGUGCCAGUGCAUCCCAGGGGGAUUUGACCCCUGCACCUGCAGCAGUCCCCCAAGGGUCUCUCCCAUCCUUCUGCUCAGUGCCCACAGCUGGGACCCCACCACCCCCGUGUCCCACUGUGCCCACCAAUGGGGCAGGGCGGUGGGGAUGUUCCUUCCAGCUUCCAAGGCUGGGCUCACUCCCGGCUUGCUCUCUAAUAGCUCUCCAGCUUUCCUUUCUAACGAGGCUCUAAUUGGAAGCCGGUUGUGCUUCCCUUCCCCUCUCCUCAGAGCUCUCUGGUCCCAGUGGUGCAGGGCGAUUAAGCUGAGGUUUUGGGUUUUUUUAAUAUGGCAGAAUUAUUUUGGAAGGGCCAGGAUGGUUACAUGACGGGCUUCUUGAAAAACCCCAGGCUUCGCUUUUCAGACGGGGCCUUUUCAAGUGGUUUUGCACAGUACACAUCACUGGGCAGCGACCGUCUCGAACAGUUACUGUUAAUUAUAGAUGCCUCUUUCCCGCUCGCCCAUUACUCAAAGGAUUUUUGUGUGUUUUAACAGUGUUUUACAUCAGCCUGAAUAAGACUUUAUUCAGUAUUUCCGAGAGUUGGAACUCGGGCAUCCCCUGCUGUAUGUGCUGUGCGUCCCUCUGCGUCUUGGGACUGGGCACCAUCAUGCCGGGCCCCUUGGAUGUGCAGAGCCCUUUUGUUGGCUAGAUGACCAACUGGGUGCCCAACAGGAGUCCUAGGGGAACUCUCCUAGAAGAAGAACUCAUCACUUGUCCUGUGACAACCAAAUUGCUCUGUGCAUCCUUGGAGUCAGACCGUUCCCAGGGUGAGCCUCGCUUUAGGGCAGGGAGGCAGCUGAGGGUCACGGUGGUGUCGUCCAGGCAGAGCCCCUUGAUGGUGGGAUGCCAUCUGGGCACCUCCACAACCUUUGUCUCCUGCAGCCCGGCGUAUAGGGCACUGUGGUCAGGCCCAUUUAUAAAGCUGGUAAAUAUAUCGGCAGGGUUUGUGUCCCCUCCAAAGGUCAAUAUUUGUGCAGAGUUUAAUUUUAACUUAACAAGCAGUUGUUUGCAGACGCUGCCCUGUUUGUGAGUGUGUGUAUGUGCUUCCCCACUGAUCGAUGCUCACAGGGUGCAAGCAGUGUGUGUGCGUGCGUGCACCCAUGUGCCAGGCACUGAGGGCUGGCAGUGGGUGCCCACUCCCCAAAUGCUGCGGGCUGAGGGAUGCAGGCCAGCGCCAUGCGGUCCAGAGGAUACGGAUGCUUUGGGGACAGGGUCUGUGGCUGAGGCUAUAAAUGCAACCCACAAACCUCUGGUAGAGGUGACAGCGGGCAAAAUGUGCCCUGUGUGGCUCUGCACAGCAGCACAUAGGGACAGUGGCUUCCCAGCCUGUUCUGACCAGUGCCGUGUGCUUGCUGCAGCUGCCCCUGCUCUUUCCCUCACUAUCCCCCCGUGAGCCCCUGUGGGUUUUGUGGCUCUCUCUCAUUUUCUGGCAACGCGCAGCUCCAAGCUGAGCACGUCAGUCAGGCUUUGUGCAGGGCUUGGGCUCCCAGUGCUGUCCCCUGGCUGCUCUCAUGAUCCAAAAAAUGUCAUGGUGCUCUUCCAGCAUCACUGCCAGACCAAUUUCAUCCCUCCCUGGCUGAGCUUCCACCUUGCCAAGCAGGGUAAUGUGGCACCGCAGGCACACCUGUUCCUGGCUGAAGAUGAUGGCAAUUUGGAGAGAUCCAGAGGCAGAUGUCCUGGUGUCUUGGUGUUCUGUCUUUCUGCUCCUCCAGCCAAAAUCCAGUGUCAUGGGUCUGGCUACAUGUCCCCAGCUUUAUCCCAGCAGGUCUGGGGGCAGGCAUGUAGCCCCUUGGGAUGCAGAUCCUCAUGGGUACCUGCAGAGCAUCCCUGCCUGACUCUGAUAUUCACUCUCAGCCCAUCUGCAGGAAAACAGGAGAACAGCAAUAGGCAUGGCCAGGGCAGGAUCUGCGAGACACAGCUGGGAUGAGAGCUGUGCACCGAUGGUCCCUCAAGGCUACCUCCCUUACGGCAGGAGGGGAGCACAUGGCCGGGAGAAGUAGGGCUGGGAGGGAGCUACCAGGGCUCCGUGUUUUGCAGCCCGCCUUUGUGGGCAAUGAGGUUUGGUUUCCGUCUUUCUGCUCUUUUCCUCUUCCUCGCCAGGCCCUGGGGCUGCUGACCUCAAAGGGAAAGCAGGCUGCGAGGGACAGCAUUGGGGCCAGGCAGGGGUAAACAUGGGGCUGAGGCUGGCCAGGCAGUGGGUGACGGGGUGAGGUCAUGCCGUGACGUCAGCUCUGUGGCUUUGGGGACAGCCGUGGUUAGGCUGCCUGAGGAGGGGCGGCUUGUUUUCCUGCAGCUCUGCUGCUUGCUCCCGGUGCCCGUCUAACUUAUAAAGUUUAAUGGCCAGUUUAAAAGGUUCCUGCCAUGGGCACCUUGUUGCCAGUUUUAGGUUUUUAAUUGGGAAACUUUCCCCUCUGUGGUUGCGGUGGAAGGACUCAGGUCCACUCGGGGCUGGUAAUCGGGAUGUGCGGGUGCUGAGGAGAUGCUUUAGAGGGCUCUAUUCCCAUCACCAGUAUCAGUGGGAUAUGCAUAGCAUGAAGGGCAAGCUGCAGAAGACCCGUACUCCCCCAUAGUCCACACGCUUGUGGAAUACACUCAGCAACCUGCUCCUGAUUGGUGCUGGGGACACAUGUUGCUGCAGGAGCAUCAUUAUCCCAUGGCCCUUGGGAGAUGCUAGGAGUCCUCGUGCCCUUCUCCAAGUCCAUCUCUGUGUUCCUGUGCUGCAUGCAGGUGGCCAGAGCAAGGCAGCAGUCCCACUGUGCAGGCUGUGAAGCCAUGCUGUGAGCAUCCCAGUUCCCAAGUGGAUCUGGGGCAGUUCUGACUGAGGCUGCUGGGAGCUCCAAGGCAGAGCAGGCAAAGAGUGUGCACCUUACGGGUUGAACUCCCUUUGGGUGGGCACCCGGAGCACAAUCUAUAAAUAACAUGCGGAGAAGUGCUCUGGAAAGCAGAGGAGUGGCCUUGGUUUACCAGCACGUUCCUACCAUGGCUUUCAAGUGGUUCCCCUGUGUGUCCCUGCCAGCUGCUGGCACAUCUGCACCCUGGGGGCUGUGGGGUAUGCCGACAGAAGGUGGGCUGCUCUCAGCCGCAGUGCACCCAGUGCAGUGCCACGUGGGCACGGAGCUGGUGCUGGAGUCCCAGAGCAGCGCUGCCUUUGCCAGGCUUGUAAUUGAUUCCUGUUCUCUUUCUUGAGCUGUAGAUGUGCUGGCAUCCACUGAAGAGACAUGUUUUUUGUGUUUUGAGGUGGUAAGAGAGGCUCGCAUCCUCAGCUUCUGGAGGCAGGGGGUUUGAGGGGACCAUGGCCACACUGUUUUGGGGCUGAUGAUAAAUAAUCCUACGCUGAACAAAAAGGAAGUAGAAAAAUGUAGAAUGGAAACAGCAAGGCUUUUAAAAAGGGGUGGGCAAACCCAUCAGUGCAAGGCAUUGCUGCAUGGAGCAGGCAAGGGCUGGAGCAUGGGGAUGAGAGCAGAGCGCACAGAUCCUUAGCAUAGGAGGCACCAAGGUGGACGAAUGGAGGAGCAGGAGGAAACGUCCGUGCAGCAGGAGGAAGAGAGCCUGGCAGCACUCCAGGCAUGCUGCCGGGCUGGGUGUGAUUUCCUCUUCGCCAUGCAUGAAGAGCUGGCCAGCAUCCCUACUCUGGGUGAGCAUGGAGCAGAGCAAUGCUGCUGUCACAGAGUUCAGAAUUUGGAUUCCGUAGUCUUUGACAGCAUGGCAGCCAUGAGAGCUGUGGGAAGUGGCUGGGAACAUCCUGCACCUUGCCCCAGCCCUGCAGGUGCUGCUCAGCUUCCAAAACUAAACCUCACAGGGCAGAGAUAGAUGGGGGUGUGGUCCCUCUAUGUCCCCGCAGCCCCGCUGGGACCCCAUCUCUUUCUUAAGAGGGGAUGCUCCUGACAGGGUGUUUUAUUUGCAGCAGGUGCCUGAAAUCCAACCCACUGCCCUGCGCUCCUUCCCCUCACCUGGGGAUGAACCCGGGCGGGGGCACGGCUGCGCAGGGUCAGACCCCUAUGGGCUCCCCCUGGCCAGGGUUAUCCUCAUGUAACACCAAUGAACUGCUCCUGCUGUGGGCAACAAGCGUGUAAUGCCUGAUUUCACAGCACCAGCGUGCUGGGUUUGCUUGUGGCAAUGAUCUUCUUUCCUGGCCAACUCUGACCUGCAGCCCAAGGACACUUGUCACCUCCCGAUAUGAGUACCAUGAUGUGCUCAGCCAGCCCUCCUUUCCGCGAUUGUUCUCUCCCGGUGCCACUUCCUGCUCAUCCCCCUGCACCCUGCAUUGCUGGCUGAGCUCAUUCAGCUCUGGCUGGGUUUACAGCAUGGAAUGCAGAGCUGCCACUGGCCGUCCUCCAGCCUAAACAUCCCCACCCCAUGGUGCGACACGAGCUGAUAAUGCAGCAGGUAUCUCGUGCCCAGUCCGCGACCUACGGGCGCAUGGCCUUGGAGGCUGUCACUUAUCUCCUCCGUGCGCUCACGCUGUCUCUCAUCCCCAAGCAAUGUUCUCAGCGCCUCUGGUUUUUGCUCUGGGCCAAACCCACAUGCACAUUGCCCGAGACCGACUCCGAACAGGCUCCUUUGAUGAGCAGGGCUUAAAUAUAUAUUUGGCAUUCCAGCGGCAGCAUGCCGAGCGUGGCCUGGGGUGUGAAAGUGUUUGCUUGACAAACGCUGGAGACUCUCGCCUCUCUGCCGGCCCUGGGGACUCACAGGAGAGAAAUGUCAAGAAAUUUUUCACCUCUCUGUUUUUAUUUUGCUUUUACUUUGUUUUCCUUCUGAGGGCACAUUUGUAGUGCUGGUGAUUGGCAGUCCCAAAGCCUGAGUUCCCCUCCUUCCCUGGGUCGGAGAUGGGUGAGAUCACCAUCCUCAGUGCCCGUGCAGCAAGGGGUCCGUGGAGCUGGGCUGCAGAGCCAGGACGGUUCUGCAUGGGGGGGAUGAAGAAGGCAGAGCAUGCCCUGCUCUCCAGGUGUGGCAGCCUGCACCCCAACUAUAAAUGGGGAGGGGGUCCUGUGGCACCUGAUUUGGUUUCAGAGCUCAUGUCUUCGGUGCAUGCUAGAGCAGGUCGAGUUGGGGAGGGGGUAGGGGACUGAGUCUGUGUGUUCCCAGCUGUCCCUGUCAUAAUCCCUCCUGAAAGAGAAUCCUCUACUCUGCUUCAUCCCUGUUUAUCUGCCAGCAGUGCGCCCUGGCCCUAAAUCACCCCCUGCAUCCACUGAUGGAUGCUCCCACUGUUGGGAUGCUGGGGUCUUUGGGGCUAAGAUUUGGAUAAGGAAGGCGGAACAGGGGUGAGGGCCUGAGGGACUAUGAAGAAGGAGGGUUAUCCCCAGGGCUUGGCUUGGGCUCUCCGAGAUUUCCUUCCCUGCUUGCUGAAGAAUCACUGGCUUGUCUGGUGGAACGCAGGCCCAUGGAUUUCCUGGGCAGUGAGCCCCUUUCAUGUGGCCGCUCGCAAACUCUCAUGACAUCACUGGGGGCUGCUCCUCCUGGAGACAAACCCAGUGCUUUUUAGGACUUUGCCACCCCAUGCCCCAGCCUGUGUGUUUUGGCCAGGGGGACCCAGGGAACUGCAUCCAAGAACGUCUGCUCUGGCACGGAGACGGCAUGGGGCCACGGUCAGGGGGAGAGCAGCGCGUCCCCUGCUGAAUAAACAUGGGCUGGCCAGGCUGGAGGGGGCUUUUCCAGGUUGGACCACACCCCGGGGGGCUAUUUUUGCCAUGAAUGAAGGGGCUGUGUGCUCGCCAGGCAGCCUAGCCUCCUGCCACUGCUGCUGUGCUGAGAGCAAGCCUGACACUCAAUCUGCUGCCUGGCCAAAACCCAACAUCUGUGCUGAGCAGCUGGGCACUGCCCAUGGGACAGCUGGGCAUCACAGGGACACCUGGGCACUGCCACAGGUGGGCUCUGCUCAGGUGGACAUUUGGGCACUAGGGGAAAAACUAGGCACCAUGGGGGUACCUGGGCAUGGGCACAGUUGAUCAGUGCCUGCAGGGACACUGGCCACCAGACUCACCUGGUCACCACCCAGAAGGGACAUCUGCAUCACCAUGGCACUGGUGAUGAAGGGGGUGUGUCCCUGUAUUCUCUGGGCAAGGUGGUACCAUGCCAGGGAUGGUGCUGGCUGCAGGAAAUGGGAAACAUGGGCUGUCACCAGCAAGGAGAGGUGACAGUGACUCAGUGGUGGUGCCAGCAGUGGUGCCAGUGCUUCUGGGGCACGUCAGACCCUGUACUGCUAACCCACUCUGCCAGCAAGAUGCCUGUAUUAGCUCAGGGAUUAGCCCUGCUGUCCCCUCUACAUUUCCUGCUGCAGUUUCGGUUGAGGAUGGGACAGUGUCCCAGGGGCAGCCCCCCCUGGCCGGUUGCACCCAUGCCAGGAAGGAACUGCAAAGCCACCAGGGAGGAGCAGCUCAGCCUGGUCCUGAGCGCACCCAAAUUUGCCCCAGAGCUCCUAAUCUCACUUGGCUCAGCCCCAAGCUUCUUCUGCUUGGAGCCUUGGUGGUGCAGCUAAUCCCCAGUUGGCUCAGGAUCAUGCUAGGUGCAGUACCCCCCACCACUCUCAGGCUUUGCUUUCCAAGGGGCUGCUCUGCCCAUCCUCUCCUGCUGGCAUGGCACAAGCCCCAGUUGUCCCCUCCCUGCCCCAUGUUCUCACUUCUCAGCCAGUAUCUCUGCCCCAGGGGAGCCAUGAGCUUGUCUGUGCUGGGUGGAGCUAGGGCACAGCAUCCCACUCGCCACUGUCCCUUAUUGCCGCGUGGCACCCAUGUGAUUCAUCAGGUGUGGCUUCGUUUCCGUCACCCCACUUUGCAGGAAGUUUCUUGGCCAGCCCCCUAGGUGCCCUGAGCAAUAACAAGCCAGGAUGAGCUGGCCGACCUUCCUGAGAAACCCUACAAUAACAAACUGGCGCUAUGUGUCCAGCUUUCCUGGAUGGACAAUAAUAAACCAGCAUGAGCUGGCAUGCCUCACAGCGCAACCCUGCAAUAAUGGAGCUGGGUGAUGUGUCCACCCUACACAGUAGCAAGCUGGCAUGAACCAGCCAGCUACCUUGCCAAGAGGGGUCCCCAGGAAAAGCUGGAUGCUGGGUUCAGGGCUGGCACAUGCCUGCAGCCAGCAUGGAACUGGGUGUGCCACAGCAGCCCCUUGUCCCUGGUGCAGCUGUACCAUUGCCUCACCGACUCUCCUUUCCCCUGGAUUCAUCCCUGGGACCUGGAAGAGCAGCAGGAGGGCAGGGCAGGGCAGGGCAGGACCCCAGCAUCCCCACUACCGUGCAGCAGCACAAUGCGCUGCAUGCUGUAAUCCAACCCGCGGGAACAGCACAAGGGGAAAAGAAAAGAGUAUUGAGCAGCGGGCCGCUGCGGUCACCGGGCUGCAUAGACUGCUGGUUGUUAAGCGGGUGCCUCGCUCGCAAAGGCCGCCUUGAUGAAGUGUGAGACGGCACUUACGGAGGGACGCGGGCAGGCAUUCUCGCUCCAUCUUCCGCUCACAGUGCCGCUCUUUAUGCGCCUGACAUUUGCUUGCUGGAAAGGCCUUGAAAGUAGGGGGAAAGGAAAACAUCACCCACAGCAGGGCCAUGAGUAUUGCCGGGAGGAGUGUGGGGCCGAGCCAGGCUGUGCCGUGCCGUGCCGUGUCAAGCUGUGCCAGGCUGUGCCUCUUGGCCGCCCUGGCUUUGCCGCCUGCUGUUCCCUGGGGUGACCCCAUCACCUCUAUCACCUCUCUGAGCUCCGGGCUGCCUUCUCCAGCCGGCACAGACGCUUCCUGCCAGGUGUGUGCAGUGCUGGCUCCAUGCCGGGGAAGCCCUGGCCAUCCUACCCUUCCUGCACCGUGCCAGCGCCUCUCCUGGCUGCUGCUGCUGCAUGCCUGCAUGGGAUGAGGUGCUGGGGACAUUGCAGGGUCAAAGCUUGGGCACAUCCCUCUAUUGUCUCUUCCCUUGAUCCCAACCAGAAGGUAGCAACUCGAAUGUGUCCUCCCACAGGUAGGACCCUUUGCUGGUGGCACAGACCUGUGUUCUUCUCUGCUUGUCCCAGGGUGAAUCUUUGGCAGCACAAAGCCUGCGACGGGGAGGGUGGUAGCAGCCAAGCCAUGAGGCACAGCAACGCCCCAGCAAUGAAGCCAUUCUCCUGCCCACCACAGGCUGCUUGCUGCAGUAUCACCAGACUUUGCUAUGUCAGUGCAGUGCCAACUGCCAUGCUCAUCCUGCUCCCAGGCCACUGCUCCACUACGCUGCUUCUGCAGAUCUGCUGUUGGGGCCAACCCGGGAAAGCCUUCCACCCCCCCCAUUCUCCCCCUGUGGCACACACCCCUUGGCUCCUGGCCCCUGUAGGAAUUAUUAAGUGUGCCCCUGUGGAGCAUGUGCUGAGGCUGGCCACGGGAAUGUGGGCAGAUCUGACAUACAAGCCACAGCAGCCAGGCUGUAAUUUCCAAACAGGCCCUGUUCACUCUGUUUUCCAGUUAAAAAUAUAUUAAAAAAUAGGAAUGUGGGGUUUGCAGUGAAGAAUGUUGGUAACCGCUUCGAACGUCUGGUGUGAUAAUGAAAGGGUCAGUCCCCAGCUUUGAGCGCGACCGAUUUAGACUCUGGUGCUUGGCACGAGCGUGGGGGCCCAGCACGGCCCCUCCGUCCUGCAGCCCUGUGCCAGGGGAUGGUGACGCUGCUUCACCCAUGGGUGACAUGGACAAGGGGACAUCCGAAGUCCCAUCUCUUACGGGCCC